AUGGGUGAACUAUCCUCGAAGACCGGCUGGUGGGCCUGGUCCACCAAGAAGAAGGUUCUCAUCUUCGGAACUAUUGGCUUCAUCAUCGUCGCACUGGGCGUUGGUCUUGGUGCAGGACUCGGCAUCGGUUUGAACAGCGGAGACGACGACAACGACAGCGGCGGCAAUGACACCGGUAGCGGCACUAAUACCACAGUCCCCACCAAUACGACCGUGAAAUGGAAGCCCGCCGCUGGCACCAAGUGGCAGAUCGUGCUGAAAUACCCACUGAACGACACCUCCAUCGACGCGCCCAUUUACGACAUCGAUCUCUUCGACAACCCCAAGUCCAUGAUUUCCGAACUCCAGGGUAUGGGUCGCAAGGUCAUCUGCUACUUCUCCGCUGGAACCUACGAGGACUGGCGCUCCGACGCAGGUGAUUUCGACAAGGCCGACCUCGGCAAGAACCUUGACGACUGGCCCGGCGAGAAGUGGCUCAACCUUCAGUCCACGAGUGUGCGCAAGAUCAUGCAGAAACGUCUUGAUCUUGCCGUCACCAAGGGAUGUGAUGGAGUUGACCCUGACAACAUUGACGGAUACGAUAAUGACAACGGACUUGAUCUUACCCAGGCGAUGUCUAUCGACUACGUGAACUGGCUUGCGACUCAGUCUCACAACCGUGGUCUUUCCCUUGGACUAAAGAACGGUGGAGAUAUCAUUGGCUCGGUCAUUGGAAAUAUGCAGUGGAGUGUCAAUGAGCAGUGUGCUCAGUACAACGAGUGUGAUACCUAUGCGGCCUUCAUCGACGCGGACAAGCCUGUCUUCCACAUCGAGUAUCCUAAGGGUGACACCAACAACGAUAUCUCUGUCACCACCAAGCAGGUGUCUUCUGCUUGUACUGCGAGCAGCUCAGGCAACUUCUCGACUGUCAUCAAAAACAUGAACUUGAACAACUGGGUUGAGUACUGCCCUUGA